UUUAAUUUCAAGAUGGCGCUUCCCAUAAAUGCUUAGGUCGAUGCAUGGAUGGAAAAUAUUUAGCUGAAAACUGUGCUAAAUUAACCUAAGAUGAGGUUUUUGUUUCAAAAUCAGCAAGCUUGCAGGUUGUUAAGACCUUAUUUACAGUUGCCUAAAAGAUACCAGACAUCAAGUGUCAUCCAAGACUCACUUUCUCUAAAAACAGGAGAUAAUAUUCAUGGAUAUUUAGUGCAAAAGGUGGUGCCAGUACAAGAACUGCAGUGUGUUGCUGUGCAACUUCAGCAUGAGCAGACUGGAGCAGAGCACUUACACAUAGCUCGGGAUGAUCAGAAUAACAUGUUUGGCGUAAUGCUGCGCACCACCCCCAUGGACAGCACAGGUGUACCUCAUAUUUUGGAGCACACUGCGCUCUGUGGAUCUAAGAAAUUUCCAGUGAGGGAUCCUUUCUUUAAGAUGUUAACUCGAUCGCUGUCAACAUUUAUGAAUGCUUUUACUGCAUCUGAUUGGACAAUGUACCCAUUCACCACUCAGAAUCGCAAAGACUAUGAAAAUCUGUUGUCAGUCUAUCUGGAUGCUGUAUUUCACCCCAACCUAAGACAGGCUGACUUUAGCCAAGAAGGAUGGCGCUUGGAGCACGAGAACCCAGAGGACAAUACAUCUCCAAUUACAUUUAAAGGAGUGGUUUUUAAUGAAAUGAAAGGAGUUUUUUCCUCAUCCCAGAGCUUGUUCCUAAGUAAGUUGCAGAGAAUGUUACUACCUAACCAUACCUAUGGAGUAGAGAGUGGAGGAGAUCCCAUCUGUAUACCUGAUCUCACCUGGGAGCAGCUGAAGUCCUUCCAUGCCUCACAUUAUCACCCUAGUAACUCUAGGUUUUUCACUUAUGGUGAUUUCCCCCUUGAAAUGCACCUUAAACUUAUCGCUGAAGAGCUGAAAGAUUUUAAAAAGAUAAACCCGAACACAGAAGUUCCUCUAGAGCAGCAGUGGGAAACUCCAAGGGAAUGCACUAUAACAUGUAAGCCAGAUCCGAUGGCAGCAGACCCUGAGAAGCAGACCACACUAGCUGUAAGCUUCAUGCUGGGAGACAUCACAGAUAGGUUUGAGGCAGAUACACAGAGUUUCAUUGGCUCUCUGCUUGUGGAUGGAGAAACUUGUCCUUUCUACCAAGCUCUUAUUGAGCCAAACAUAGGUUCAGAUUAUUCACCUGGGACUGGAUGUUCAAACUACACCAGGAAUGGUUACUUCUCGGUGGGUCUCCAAAACAUUAGAAGUGAAGAUAUAGAGAGAGUAAAGAACCUUAUUGAAGACACCAUUGAUAGAGUUAUCAAAGAUGGUUUUGACAGCAAAAAUGUUGAAGCAUUGCUGCAUAAAAUUGAGUUGAGCCUGAAGCAUCAGACGGACAACUUUGGCCUCCACUUGGCAGUGUCUCUAAGCUGCCUUUGGAAUCAUGGUGGCAGUCCUUCAGAAGCUCUUCAGAUCAAUGCCUUUAUGGACAGAUUAAAGCAAUGCAUGAAGGAAAAUCCACGCUUUUUGCAAGACAAGGUCAAACAGUAUUUUAAGGACAAUCCACACAGGCUGACCCUCAUUAUGCAGCCAGAUGAGAAGUAUGACGAGCAGAUAAAGAUGCAAGAAAGACAAAAACUGGAAGACAAGUUGGCAAAUUUAACUGAACAGGAUAAAAAGGAUAUAUAUGAAAAUGGUCUGAAGUUGAAAGCAGAACAGAUGAAAGCAGUGGAUGCAUCGUGCCUUCCCACUCUACAGAUCUCUGAUAUCGAAGAAGACCUUAAACGUUAUGCUGUUAAUGAAGUUUAUCAAAGUGAGGUACCAGUCCAGUAUUGUGAGCAGCCCACCAAUGGUGUGACCUACUUUCGUGCUGUAUCCAACAUGGCCCAUCUAUCAGAGGAAUUGAAGCCUUAUGUACCUCUCUUUUGUAAUAUUGUUACAAGGAUGGGUGCUGGUGCAAUGGAUUACAUGGAGCUCUCUCAGCAAAUGAGUCUGAAGACUGGGGGUAUGGACGCCUGCAGUCAUGUGACAGGUGACCCAAGUGACAUCUACACUUAUGAGCAGGGCAUUCUAUUUUCCUCCUAUUGCUUGGACAAGAACACUGAAAGCAUGUAUGAGUUGUGGACUGAAAUAUUCAACAGAUUGAACUUGCAAGACACCAACCAUCUGAUUACACUUAUCCGUAUGGAGGCAGCUAACAUGGCCAAUGGUUUGGUCCAUUCUGGUCAUUCCUAUGCCAUGCAGCAUGCCAGCAGUUCUCUGUUGCCUUCCACCAGACUCACAGAGACUUUGUCAGGAAUAACACAGGUAUCUAUGAUGAAGAGACUGGCUGAGCUUGAAGAUAUGGAUCAUGUUGUUGACAAUCUGAACAGAAUAGCAAAUCAUGUAUUAGACAAAAACAACCUUAGAGUUGCUGUCAAUGUAAGCCCAGAGUCCAGUGCCCAGGUAAUGAUGUCAACAGAAUCUUUCCUCACAUCUUUACCUGUGCUCAGUAAGACAAGGGACAAUGACAUUCUUGUUAAGGACACAAUAUUCAGUGCCAAGCCUGACAAGAACCACUUUGAACUGCCAUUCUCUGUGAAUUUUGCUGCGCAGAGUGUCCCUACUGUGCCUUUCAAUCACCCUGAUUUUGCCAAAUUACAGGUACUUGCCAAAUUAAUGUCCAGCAAAUAUUUGCACAGGGAAAUCAGAGAGAAAGGUGGAGCUUAUGGAGGGGGAGCAACAAGUAACACACCUGGGGUGUUCCAGUUUUUUUCUUACAGAGAUCCAAGAUCUUUGGAAACUUUGGAGGUGUUUGAUCAGAGCAUGUCAUGGGCUAAAGCUGGAGAGUACAGUCAACAGGAUGUAGAAGAAUCUAUACUGGGAGUGUUCCAACAGGUUGACAAGCCUGUUGCCCCAGGGAAGCGAGGAUUGCCAUUAUUUCUUGGACACUUGACAGAUGAUAUGAGGAAGGAACACAGAGACCAGUUAAAGAAGUGUACAAAAGACCAGAUGGUGGAGGUGGCAAACAGGUAUUUUCAGUCAAGUGGUGACACCUCAGUUACUCUCUUAGGGCCACAUAAUCCUGCUGUGGAGGAGGAUUCCUCAUGGAAAGUCAGGAAGGAAACUUCUCAAUAAAGGUUCUGAUGUGGUUUCCCUAAUAUACCGAACAGUUUAAAAGAAGCCAGUUGACAUUUUCACAUUCAACAGUGACCUAUGUAUUCUAAUGUGUUCAGUAGGUGCUUUAUAGUAGCACUCUCUCAGAACCUCCAUUUCCAUACCUCUAAUAUUUCGACAACUUCAAAUGCUGAAAUACACACAAUUGUCAUUGUAAAUAAGAAAAAGAUUAAGAGCUGAUCAUAGUGGUGCAGAGAGUAAUGAAAAUCAUACUCUAUAAAUAUUGAUUUGUGAAAUAGAUGUUUUGUGUAUACCCAUUGGGUAAAGUAAUGCAAUAAAUUUUUUGUGGAUGUUUUCUACAGUUUCUGUCUGAA